UUGUAUUUGUUUAUUUAACCGUUUUAAUGUUUUAAUGUACUCUUUGUACUGAAAAGCAAUACAAGUGGGGGACAUUUUUGAGAAUGUACGUGUAUGUAUUUGCCCAGAAAUGACUUGAGUUUGUGCAACUGUAAAAUAGGUCCAAAAAAACCCAAAUGUAUUUUCAAUAUCAAAUAAUUUAGAAACGUAUACAUUUGGGGGGUAUGUUUUGCCAGGCGGAACACAAUUUGUUUUGGUUUGGUUUCUGGCGGUGUCAUUUCCGCGCUGCGCAAUUGAAGCGCUUCGUUUUACGUCACGCCUGACAGUCGAUGACGGAAGCAAAGAGGAAACAACAUCAUCAGCGGAGCUUCAGUGGAGAGACGGCUGCGGACCGUGUUAGUAUGGCUGAAAACGCCAACAAGCGGCCACAAAAAGUUUCAGAAGUGGACUCUACGGUCAAAAAGAAGCCUAAGCGCACACCAGAAGGAAUAAAAUCUAAAAAACAAAGCGACCGGGAGCGCGGACAAACGCGGGUAACACUUGGUGUAGCUUUUCCCCGUUGGAGAGCACUGAAAGCAGAGUCGGGACUCAGGGCGGACACAGAUUUUGCCUUAUUGCUCAUGGACAGUUAUGAAAAGUACUCAAAGGCUUCCACCUCAAUGACAGCUGAGGGUAACCUACAGUCUCCUUUUCUCCUGUCACAGUCCAGCAAUGGCAGUGAAUAUCACAGUAUUACCAUUGAUUGGGAAGACGAGGAAGAAGGAGUUUAUGGGGAAUCAAUUUCUGAUAAAGAGGUGCUGUCGAACCCAGAGGAAGACACAGAGAGCUCUGAUGAAGAAGACAGUGUUUUCCGCUCUUGUGCACGAUCUGACAGUGCCACAAAGACACCUCUCCCAGCUGCAGGCAUGGAGGAGUCGGGGUGUGAUCUUGGAGAGAGUGAGGAACUCCCAAUGACUGACAUCACAUCAGGCCCAGAUUACCAGCUUGUCUUAUGUGAAGAUGACAUUGUUGGUGAAAAAGCCUCCAUAGCGUAUGAGAAAAACCUCCGACAACUUGCAGGCUUUCUCAGAUUCCCGCUGGAAAAGUGUGAAUACAGUGACCCUCUCCUGGGAGUUGAAUGUGACGCUGUUCAACCCUUUGACAUAGUCAUGGAGUCACGGGGAACUGCAUCAACCAUUGAAUGGGUAUGUUCCCGAGGACACAGCCUUUGGAAGUGGAACUCCCAGCCUGUUUUCAAGUUUGGCAUGCAGUCAGGGGACUUCAUGCUGGCCACCAAUAUCCUCCUCUCUGGAAAUGAUUAUGACAAAAUAGCACUUCUGUUCCAGUACAUGAACAUGAACAUAGUGGCUAAGUCCUCUUUCACUGCGGUGCAACAUUCAUACUGUGUUAACACCAUCAAGGAGUUCUGGCAGGAGACAAGGUCAGCAUUUAUAAACCACCUACAUGCAAAGAAACACAUUUUAUCUGUUAUUUAGUGAACUGGAGUGGUUAGUUUUCUUGACUCGUUGCUGUGAUGUUUGCUUUAUAAACCAUCGUCUCACCAGAUACAAAAAAGUCUACAACAAGCAGUUGCGAAAGUAUCAGUACAUCAUCAAGAACCACAAAACCUGCAC